ACACCUUAUCUGCUCUCAAGAGCUGUGACUCUUCAUUCUUUCAUUAUGAAGACCCAGGGGAUUGCUUACUUAGCAUACACCAGAGGCAAUGGAUAGGGUGAGCAGUCACUGCAGCCAGAAAACCCCAGCACGGAGCAGAGGCAAUUACCCUCCGCACGCAGAGACCGCGGAGCUGAAUCGUGCUGAAUAGAGAACCCCUCCGGCUGGCAGAGCCAUGUGUGGCUGGGAAGAGCAGCCACUUUCGCUCCACUGAAAAGCAAUGCACUUUCAUCCACAGUACUUUUCCUCAUAUCAAAAUAUUGAUGCUGCCUCAGUCUGAGCCACGCAUGUCGCUUUUGAAGAUGAGAGGUCAAAAGACAUCUGAGAAAUAUUCUGCAAGUUAGAGAAUACUGGACAUCUCCACCACAAGAACACACCGGUGACAAGAACUGCUUCCAGGUCUGGAUGGACGUGAACCUGAGUGGAGCCUGAAUGCAGCUGAAACCACAUUGACUAACAAAACUUUUAAAAUAUGACUACAGAAAGGAUUUUAACUCCACAAUGCUGUCAUGCCAGGAUGUGACAGGCUUUCUACCCAGGUCUGGAAGGGUCUUCUGGAGCAGCAGCAGGAUCUUCUCCCAGAGCAACUCCUUCUAGCAAUACUGGUGGUCGAUGAUGUCAGCAGUAAAUAUAAACCCAGAUGAGGAGCGGCAAAAGCAAUGGAGGGACCAACCCCAGAACCUGUGUACGUUGAUGUGGACAAGGGACUGACACUAGCAUGUUUCGUCUUCCUCUGCCUUUUCUUGAUUGUGAUGAUCAUUCGCUGUGCAAAAGUCAUCAUGGACCCUUACAGCGCCAUCCCUACAUCUACGUGGGAGGAGCAGCAUCUCGAUGACUGAAAGGACUUCACUAGACAGAGCCAUAAAAUGCUGCAAUCUAGGAGGCCUUUCCCUACCUGGAAGGCAAACACAAAUAGCCAUUUUCAGACAUGCAGGGCAACUGCAAUAUCUUCAAGAGCAUGUAGAUCAGAUGAUUCUUGCUCAACAGAUCAGAAUAUUGGCAAGCCAUUCUGGCAGCACAGUUAAUACUAUGCAGCAACAUGCAUUUUAAUGAAAACAGUGAUCAUUGUAACUCAAGUAGCACAAGACUCUCCAGACUUUUCCUGUAGCUGUAGCACAGUUUGCCCUCUCAAUAUCUCCCACAAAUUCAGGGCUUUGUUCAGAAAACAGAAAAGCAACAAGAAUAUUUUAUCUUCCCUGAAUGUUUGCUUCAAAUAACUUCCUGAGUCAUUAUAUUUGUCUCUCAAAAAAGGAACAGGUUUUGUAUCCCAGAGCAUCAUUGAGCAGAAGCACUAAAACGCCAUGGCUAAGGAGGGUGCUAUGAGCAGAUUUAUUCUCAGAUAAUGUGGUUGUGCACAUAUGCUCCCUACCACACUGCAGUCAUAUUUCCAGUGAUCAGAGUACAGAAGUACCCAACCUACAGUUCCUAAGUGGUCAUGGAGUAUGGUUGACUCUGCAGCCUCACCUUGCUCUAUCCUACUCCUGGAAAACAUUAGAUAUUUUGUCAUCUGCCAUAGGUCUGUGGAUUACCCAGAUAUACCAGACCACUUGCAAUGAGCUUGAUAGACACCAGAAAUUCAUGGAGCAGAACUUGGACACCACUGGCUUCAACUACAUUGAACUUGCCAUGAUUUUCAAAGAGCGAUUCCACAUUAAACUUCAUUGACCUUUCCUUUCAGGCACAAUUCAGUGGGAUCACACACAGAGAUUAAAGACAAUAAGCAAAGACAUGGCUCCUAGCUUUGUCGGAUUCUUUAGCAUAACAGAUACAGUAGCAUACAAUAAUAUGCACUCUACCUCGAACAAGCUCAGCACCUUUAUAAGAAUUUUUCCACAAAUUUGUAGGAUGAUUAUCUGUACAUUUCCUUCUCUCACUUCAUUAAGAAAGCCAUUAUGAAAGAAGGCAUAAACAAACAAGGGAGCUUUGGAAAUUUAUUAUUUACCUUUUGAAGAGUGGUGUUUGAGGGAUUCCUGUGUCCAAUAUUCCUCAAGUUCUAAGGUUUGCCCACAGCCAACCUUUACUGAGCACACAUUGGGCCUAAUUGUAAAGAGUUGCUGAAGCAAUAAGAAGUAGGUACUGCAACCCCAAGUGUCAUGAGUAGACAAGACCUGAAAGCACAAAUUUGUAAGAAGGGCAUUUCACUUCUUUACCAUCCUAAAUGGCUUCUAGAUUCUUGCCAUAAGACAAGGUACAGUGGUUGAGAAAGACAGAAACAAAGGUUGGAGCAAAGGAUUAGGAUGUAAACUUUGUAGGUUACUGCUCUCAGCUGUGACAGAUUUGUUUGGCCAUCAUACAAGUCAAGUUUCUCUGUGCCUCAGUCUAUGCACUUGUAAAAUUGGUACAAUAACAGUAACUUGUCUCAUUUUUGUCUGUAUCAUACCACCAUAAAAAGCACUUGGACAGCCUUAGAUAGGGACGUGAAAAUAAGGUAUUGAUUUACAGGUCUUCCUUGUGAAACUAAAGGGGGAGAAGGUCUGAAUCUCAGUAUACAGCAAGUAAAGUUCUCCCCAGGCAUAGAACUUGUCCAGCCCUCCAUUCUCUCUCACUGAGAUUGGAAUAUCCCUGUUCAUGCCAAUGGCACCUGCCUUUUUUGCCUAUUCCACUGAUUUCUGAGGACACUGGAGGAAAGGUGCUCAGCAAUGAUUACAGAAUAGCAGGUCACGAGGUACAUGGAAAAUUUUGCAUGCGCCUUCUGCACUAGGCUCAGUCACACAAGUUUUGGUCAUCUCUGUUCUAGGAAAUCCCAUUCAGGAGGCAGGAGAUUUGAGGAUCAGCUCUUAUCCUGCUAUUCUCCAACAAGAGACCUCCGCUGCUUCAAUUAUCCACUGCAGGUUGCAUCAGGCUGUUAUUUAGCCUCAGUUUCUGCUAGCCAAUUAACCACCAGUAAUUGAAUAUUUUCACAAGUGUGAAUGCUGAUGUUCACCAUAAUUUGAGAAAAUAUGGUCACCUCUUAUUCAUGAGUGUGCCUAUCUAUAGGAUAGGAACUGAUGCCCUAGCUCAAAGGAGAUUGUUUCUGUCCUCUGGGCUAAAGUUUAGAAUCCAUUUUUGUCACCAAGUCUAGUAUCCCACUUUAAUGCUAGCAGGGGUACAGAAUAAACAAAAAAUAAAACUAAUCUAUUUCCAGGCUAGAGACACUUUCUGUUUUCAAGUUACCUGGCUACAUUUGCAGCUGAUAGAGCAAGAACAGUGCUUGUCACCACUCCUGACUCCAACACUCUCAAGAAGUACCUGCAUGCUUUGGCUUUGCUGUGCAUCACCAAUAAGCCCCUGUUCAGCUAAGGACUUAGGCACGCACUUAGGUUGAAGCCCCUGAGCAGGCUGCCUGACUACCCAGGGACAAGGGUCAGCCACAUGCUGUGUCCUUGGCUGGGCAGGGGCAGUAACGCACAGCCCUCAUAGGAACGAAGCCUGUAUGAGAACAAACAGUGACAAAUGCUGGGGAGGCAAAUUAAUAAGUUAACUUCACAAAAGUAUGUGCCAUUAUUUCUAUUUCCAGCCAAUGCAAACCAUUUUAAGAUUUUUUUUCCAAAAUAUUUUAGAGGAAGGAUCCCCCUGGGUAGCUCAAUUUUCUGAAAAGGCACUUAUCUUUCCAAUAUAACCUAUCAAGUCUGUUUACAAAAUGGCCUCCUCCACAUCCAGCCUGUUCACGACUAUCUCAACACCAACAGGAUUGUUUUUAUAAAGAUAAUGUAACCCUGUUCUGAUUUCUGCCUUCCACCAAUGAUUACAAACACACAACCUCACCACUCUAACUUAAAGCAAUACUAAGAAUCAUGGCAAAAGCAGAAGUUUCAUCCUGCUUGCCUUUGAGUUGGGACCUGCCCACCCAAGACAUGUUUGUUACUCCAGCUCCUACCAAAGCUGAGCCUGUGAGCCUGGUUGGCAAAGCUAUGUUCCUGGCCAGAGGAAAUUUUGUGUUAGCAGGGGCUGCAUCAGUGGGCUUGGCAGUAAUUUUGGCUGCAUGUAACAAGUGCCUCUGCUAGUUCUGUUAUUUUUAAUCAUUAUGCCAUACUACCAGCAAUUGCUCUCAGAGGAAAUAAUGCAAAUUUACUGCAAGUGUAUUUACCUAAUGCAAUAAACAGCUUCUACAGUGGAA